CCCGGCCCGUCAUUCCCUCAUCGGGUUAGCCCCGCUUAGCCCACCACAACGGAACGCCUUAUAACGUCGUUGGCCCAGCCAACCCGUUAAAGAACCACGACUCCACACCAAGGCGCCCAAGAACGACCAAGUCUCUUGACACAACUCCUCUGAGCGCGCGACAAGCCUUUCGCAAAGAAUUUCGAGCGGCUUAGCAUUUCUUGAACCGCGAGGCCCCAAGAUUAGUCAAGGAGCAUCCCCAAGCAACCGAGAAGACUAUUCUUCGAGAUGCGGACCAAGACUCGAGCAGAAAUGGCAGGAAAGGAUGAGCCAUGGACGUGGCAUGAUAUUGGCGUCAUGUUCUGCUUCCUCGGCUUCAUGCUCGUCUGCUCCGUAGUCUUCGGCUUCUUCUGGCAGAGCGUCAACGGGAGGUGCCGGAGGAGGGGGGCCGACCGCAUCGAGCAGCUCAGGGCUAGCGGGCUGCUGCGGGGCGAGAAAGAGGGUGCAGAUGGGGUGGGAGAGCAGAUUGAACCGAAGUGAAGAGGCUUUUGUGUUGGAUACCCUGACGCUUUUGGGUGCAUAUUUGCCUUCUAUUCGAGAUUGUACGGCGGGAAUGAGAGAUUGGAGGAUCCAAAGAGCGAUAUUUGGCGAAGGCUAAAUUAUAUCUAAUGCUGUCCGGCGUCUUUGAGGGAGAGCGGCUGCACGGUGGAGAUGCGAUUGCGUACGGUUCCUGGCCUGGCACAUCUUCUAGGACGGUCUUUAAUCUAUGUUGGAUUUGUCUCUGCAUAUACUACAUACAGC